AUGAGCUUGGGGGAAGAGCUCGAGCAGAUCGAGAUGUCCGCGACCACAUCAUCCUCGUCUCACUUGAUAUCCAUACUAACCGGCUACUCGUCCGGACCCACUCCCCCUCACAUCCUGCGAUCCCACAUCGCCUUCAUCACCACCUUCUUUGAUUUGGCUCGCCCCGCAAAGGUACCUGGCGUCAAACCAUACGAUAAGAAGACAUAUGACAAAAAGGCUGGCGUGUGGCAUAGCACCUCCUUCAUCCUGGCCACCGGGAAUGAGACGACUGGUCGGGUGGAAGCCAAGGUCAUCGCCCUGACGGGCCGCAGAACUCGCCAUGAGAUCAGUGCGCUUCUCUCUCGCGACGUCUCCCAGCGCGCAGACGCCUCCCGUACCUUUCCCGGUCCCUUUGAGGGCUGUGUGGACGACGGCUAUGAAGUCAUGUAUGAUGUCUUGUUCGGGAUACAGAAAUUUCGCUGUCACGUACGAGACGUUGUGAACGUGACCCAGUUCUUCAUCGGUUGCACUCCGGCCCCAUUCCAUCGCACGCUUCUCUUGGCCUUCAUUGCCCAUCGCUGUUGUGUCAAGCUUGCCUUCCGUAUCGAGAACGGUAGAAACAUGUGGGACCUUCUCGACGACAACGAUGAACGACAACAUCCCAUAGCUUUCAUCCACAACGAGAUGAUGAAGGCCACCGACACCCUGUUCAUCCCGACUGACACGUUCAUUCCCAUACCACGCGUCCUCCAAUCAGACCUCGAAGGCGGAGGACUCUACAAGGAUCCGUCUCGUCCAGCCGCCCCGGGCUACGACUCCUAUCUGGUCACGAGAGAGAACGCUGCGAGCUGGGCCCAGUUGCUUUGGAAAUCCGUCAACACCAUGGAGACAGUUUUGAAGGCAGUCAAGGAGAAAACCGUCACUAUAAAAUAUUCCUGGAUUUCGAGCGUGCAAUGCAGCGUCAAGAAAAAAUUGGAUGACACGCGCAAUGUAAGGUGUUCUCAGCUGGAGCCAUCAUCCGUGGAGGAACAAGAAACCAGCGAAUGCCGGUCAGAUAUCUGA